AUGUGGCUGCAGGCGACGCUCCUUCUGGUCGCCUCUUGCGUCCCCUCGACGCUCGCAAUUUACCCUGACGAGGUCGGCCAUAUCGAUUUCCACCAUGCGCUGCUAGGUGUCCCGUCGUCCCAAUCGACCUUUUUCCACCGCCCAUCUUCCUCCUCCAGCGCUACCCUACUCUACACAGUAUCGGAGAAAUCGCUUCUUGGUGCGGUCAACCCGAAAGAUGGAGAAUUGUUGUGGAGGCAGAACCUGUCCCGCUCCGAUGUAGCCCCCGAUCAGAAUGCCCAAGGCUUGCUGCGUGCCUCGAGCGGAACAAACACGGUUGUUAGUGGGUUGGGAGACUAUGUUUCCGCCUGGAGCGCUUUGGAUGGAAAAUUAAUAUGGGAGAGUUGGUCCCCAAAUAUGCCUGUGGUGGAUCUUGAGCUCUUGGAACUGGAAGAUGCCAGCGCCACUUCCUCGGACAGGGACGCAAUUGUGCUUUCUGGAGGCCAAGCGGGCUCGAUUAAAAGGCUGGAUGGCUCGACGGGUGAGAUUAAAUGGGAGCAUCAUGAUCAAAGCGGCGAUUUCCCCUUCCAGGUGUCCUCCUCCUCGACCAACGUCUUCUACAUCUCUCUACAGCCAGCUUUGCUGAAGGGUCAUAAAAUCCGGGUUACCUCGCUGGAUCCCCUGACCGGUCGCCAGACGCACCAGCAGGUACUCAACUCCGACAGCGAUAUUUCCGGACCGGAGUCGGUGCUCUUCGUGGGUGCCAACAACGCGUUCCCUGUUAUCGCCUGGGCAGAUAAGUCACACAAGACGCUAAAGGUCAAUGUAAUCGGCUCCAAGCAAGUUACAUCGGUCAAUAUCGACAACACUAGUGGAGAGGAAAUCAAGUCCAUCCAGGUUCACGCUCCGAAGACCCUCAAUGCGCUACCCCACUUCCUUGUUCAUUACGAGACCGCGUCCGGUUCUUGGGCUGAGGUUUAUCACGUUGACCUCAAAUCUUCGACCGUGUCAAAGGCCUACAGUCUGCCGUUUUUGAAGGGAUGGGCUGCUUUCGCUACCAGCACCAAGGACGCUAAUGUCUAUUUCACUCGGAUCACCGACUCUGAGACAACUGUUGUGUCGUCCGCUUCUCACGGUGUUCUCGGAAGAUGGCCCCAGCACCCUCCCUUGGACAACGCCGUCCAUGCGGUUUCGGAGGUAGCUACGAAGGGUGACACUGUGGCUGUUCGCACGGCCAUUGUGUUGGAAUCUGGUGAUUGGCAAAUGGUUCAGAAUGGCGCGAUCGGGUGGCUCCGACCUGAAGCGCUGUCCGGCGCAUUGGCCGCCGCCUGGGCUAACGUGGACAGCCAGCAGGAUUUGGCUCACCAACUCGAAGUCGAGGGUCACGAGAGUCUUCUCAAGGCGUAUAUACACCGUGUGAAGCGCCAUGUAAAUGACCUCCAAUAUCUUCCCGACUGGUUGAAGGGGCUGCCUAAGCGUGUUCUGACUAGCUUGCUUGCCGACGAAGUUUCUAACUUGGACAGCUUUGGCGUCUCGAAGCCCGUCUUAGUUGCCACCAAAAAUGGACGGGUAUACUCUCUAGACAGCGGAAACCAUGGCAAAGUGUCCUGGAACGUUAAGGCUUCCGAGGCGGAUACUUGGAAUGUCAAGGCGAUUCGGACUCAGCCUGGGUCUGCUACGGUGUAUGUUGACGAUGGUAGCACUGUUACCUUGAAUGUCACUACAGGGGAUAUAGUCCAACGUGGCCCUGCCACAGGCAAGUUCUCUUCGGUUGUCCCUGACGAUGAGGUCUCAGAAAAUGUAUUCACUGUGACCCAGGAGGAUGGAAGGAUUCUCGGAUGGAACUCGAGGGACCCCAAGCUGCCCGUAUGGGUAUUUCAACCCGCACCCGGGGAGAAGAUCAUUCGCGCCACUGCUCGCCCACCUCACGACCCAGUCGCUUCUAUCGGCACGGUUUUGGGCAACCGAUCCGUUCUGUACAAGUACCUGACUCCCAACGCGGCACUCGUCACAGCCAUUGGGGAAAACUCAGCCACAUUCUAUCUGCUAGACGCAGUUACCGGCCAGAUCCUCCACACGAGCACGCAUCGGGAUGUUGACACCGCGCAACCUAUCGCCUCCACAAUUUCAGAGAAUUGGUUCGCAUACUCCUUCUAUGCGGAAAGCCCCGAUCCUUCCGAACCAAGGGGAUACCAAUUGGUCAUAUCGGAGAUGUUCGAAUCUCCCAUUCCCAACGAUCGCGGUCCUUUGGGCUCCGCAUCCAACUACUCCACACUUAUCGACUUGCCCCUUCCUCAUGUCAUCUCCCAAUCUUAUAUGAUCGCGGAACCCAUCUCACACAUGGCCGUCUCCCAAACCCGCCAGGGCAUCACCACCCGCCAACUCAUAGCCACUCUCCCAGAGUCCAACGCCAUAGUCGGCAUCCCUCGCCCCAUCCUGGACCCGCGCCGCCCCGUCGACCGAGAGCCCACCGUCAACGAAGCCGAGGAGGGUCUAAGGAAGUACACCCCCUUCCUCGAAUUCGACGGAAGAUGGUACCUCACGCACACGCGCCAGGUCGCAGGAAUCAACACCGUUAUGUCUGCACCCACGCUCCUAGAAAGUACAUCCCUGGUGUUCGCCUUCGGAAACGAUAUUUUUGCCACGAGGAAUACGCCUAGCCAGGCGUUUGAUAUCCUAGGAAAGGGAUUCUCGAAGUUGCAGUUGCUUUUCACGAUUGUGGCCUUGGCUGUCGGUGUUUCGAUUUUGGCUCCGAUUGCCCGCAAGAAGAAGACCGAUAUGCUUUGGAAGACGCGGUAG